AUGGUCUUCGUCGGCUGCACAAAGUGCGGCUCCUUCUGCCAUCACACCUGCUACUUCGACCACCGCGGCGAUUUCGCCUGCCACAACACCAACUGCCCCGGCCACAACGAAUCUUGGGAGGAGGAGCGCGUCGGCUACAACGACUACGGAAAGCCUUACAUCUGCUUCUCGGAGGACGGGUGCGACGAGUGGAUCGUGACCCCGAUCAUGUGCAUGGACCCCUUUAUCGUGUACAAGGAAAAGGUCCAGGAGGACGGGUCGCUGCGCAUCACCAUCUGGAAACCAGGCCCUUAUCCCGGCCAUAGCGGCUUCAUGGCGGAGGAGUUCAUCCCGCGCACCAAGAGGCCUCUCUCUACCUUCAGGCUAAUUAUGUGGAGAGAAGGGAUGAUCAUCUUCUAA